GGGUCGGGGGCCCCCGAGAGCCUACAUAGCUCCUCCCCUGGAAACGGGUGGUAUCCCACGAGAAAUAUCUAGGCUUUCCUACUACUAUGGAGUGGGAGAAGAAAACAAAAUUCACCUACCUUGUUGAUAGGGAGGCUACUCUCAAUUGUAGCAAAGGAGAUUCUUAUCAAAUCCUUAGUUCAAGCUCAAACAAUGUACCUAAGUCUAUAUUUCAAAGGAUUAUCUCCAAAGUUGUGAAACCCCUAUCGAACCCCCGGUUGGACCUAGUCCGACCCAAGUCGAGCUUCAAAAUGGCAUCCAGAAAGCCCCCGGUUUGACAGCAUCGACCGAGAUUUUCAUAGGAGCCGUUAUCGGUAGCUGCCACAAUAAUUCUCACUCUGUCGUCUAUUACUAAAAGAAAAAAAAUGAUCUUUGCUCUCUCCACUUUAAUUUCAACACUACACAAAAAAUGAAUCAAACCAUCUAAACUCUCUUCGCCCUAACAAAUUUUAAAACUUUAAAAAUACCAUAGUAGUACCUUAUAGUACGUGGUGGUAUCAUAAUGUAUUAAAAUUAAUCUACCUAUAUGCUAUCAUUUACGGUAUGCGGCAACCAUACGAUAUGUUAUAUUUUAAACUUACAAUGUUGUCUAACAAAGCAUAAAUCUAUAAAAUAAAAUUACAAUACACGUACCAUAUGGUAUGAUGAGGUAUGAUUUAUAGUGGGCCAAAAUAAAACUUGUGGGUUGAUAUAGUAUUUUGUAUGCUGGUAUCAUAUGGUAUGAUAUAGUAUAUAAUAGUGUUAUAACAAGAAACAAAUUUUGGAUUAGAAUACUGGUACCAUAUGGUAUGACAGGGGUAGAGUUAGGAUCCAGUGGGGGGGGGGGGGGGGGGGGGGGGGGGGGGAGGGGGGGAGGACUUUAUUGUAUAAUAUCCGUAAAAAAAAUCUAAGAAAAUAUUUACAUUGUGAGUCAUAAGCUUCAAAGUUUAAUUAUCUAGACUCCAAAAUUUAAUUAUCUAAAUUAGAAAAAUAUUAUAAGCUCCAAAAUUUCAUUAUCUAGUUUGAACUUUGAAAUUAAAAAGUAUUUGAAUAAGUACAAAAGUUAAGUGAUCAGUCUUAAUUUAAACAAAAAUUCAACCAAAUUAGGAAAACUAAAAACACAAUGUUGUUGCCAGAGAUUGAACAUGGUACUGGGUAUUCACAAAUAUCAGGUAGCUGCUUCAUUACGUUAGACUAGAUCCAGACAUUGUUUUUCAUUAUUGCACGUUAUUGUUAUUCUACAAUAGUUAACUUCUUUAGAAUUUUCAAAAUUUGCGAUAUUUUUACACGCGAUCUCCAAAACUCUCGGGGGGCCGGGGCCCCCCAAGGCAGAAGGUAGCUCCGCCCCUGUGGUAUGAUGUGGUAUUAUGCUAAUUAAUAACUUCAACUGAAAUUGAAUGGUGACAUUUUUAUUAAACUUUAGUCACAAUACUGGUACCACUAUGGUAACAUGUGUAACCAUAAAAAAUGGGUUAAUACCUUAGUUUGGCCUGAACUAUACACAUACUUUCUACUUUGGCUCGUGGUAUUGAAAAUUGCUAUUCUGGCCUGAACUAUGUAGCAAACUUCCUCAUUUGGCCCGGAGGCGGGUUUGACCGUCAAAUUAGACGAUCAAACCUGGUGACCGUUAGUCAAUAUCCACCUCACCUGCCACGUCAGCUUUGAGGACAUUAUUUUUUAUUUUUUAUUUUUGAAUUUUAUUUUCUUUCGAUUAAUAAAAAUAAUAAAUCAAAAAAUUAAUUAAAAGAACGAGAAAGGGCCCAUUUUUAGCAAAUGAAAAGAAAACAAAAUUCGGAAAUAAAAAAAAUAUUUUUUAUGUCAUCAACGCUGACAUGGUAGGUGAGGUGGACAUUGACUAACGGUCAACAAGUUUGACCGUCUAAUUUAACGGUCAAACCCGCCUCCAGGCCAAAUGAGGAAGUUUGCUACAUAGUUCAGGCUAGAAUAGCAAUUUCCAAUACCACGGGCCAAAGUAGAAAAUAUGUGUAUAGUUCGGGCCAAACUAAGGUAUUAACCCUAAAAAAAUAUAGUUACCAAACAAUACCACCAUAGCAUAGUGUGGUAAUCUCAAUAUAUAUAAUUAAGACUUUCUCCACUUUCAUGCCCUUCGUUUCCUUCACAAUACCACCAUGGUACAGUAUGGUAACCACAAUAUACAUCCAACUAAGCAAACUUUAUAAAUGCUAGUCUUCUGCAUCCUCUCCUUUCCUCCUUCGCAAUCGAGAACACCAAAAGAAAAAAAAGGAAGAUCAAAACCAAAAAUCCACAAACAAAUAUUAAAACAUAAACAUUAACAUAAUAACAUAAGAUCAUAUGGAGACAAUCAUCUUUACUCUUUGGUGAAAUGUGGUUAUGAAUGAAGGAUGGGACGAGAUUCUCAAAAUUAAGAUUAAGACUUGGGUAUUUUUGUAGGAGUUAGGAAAGUGGUCGAGUAACCUGCUAACGUGUAUUGAGAAGUCAGCUGGAUCCACGGUUUGGUCCGGUAAACCCCGGUCUAGACCUGACCAAGACAUCAAAACAUCAUAUAAUGCAGACCAUGAACCAGACUAGACUAGACUAGACCAAAACAUACUUAACGGUCUACAGUCCGGACCAAACUAUGCGAUCCGGUUUGGACCAUGAUUUUUCAAAGUGUCUAGUCUAUUUUUGCAGCCCUAAUCUAUUACCCUAACCCCCUUAACCUUCAAUUUUGAAUCUCAAUCCCAAACCCUAAAUUAUAAACUAAACCCUAAUCCUAUAUCCCUCAAUUCUAAAUCCUUCAAAUUAAAAUAAAUUUUGAAUUAGUUUUUUUCCCCUUCAAAUUCUUGUGUUUUUUGUUUAUAACAUCAUAAGCAACGAUUGGUACCGUAUGGAACAUGAAUCAGAUGCUCGAAAAGCCAAUCAUGAGGUUAACGCAUUGAAUGCACCAAAAAAGUUGGUGCACCGAAUAUGUCACCAUAUAUAUAUAUAUACCUAACUAUGAACUAUUGCAGUUGAUAGACGUCGUUGGCAGCUGUGGUUCAUCAUCGCAGGAGUUGUUCCGUUAGCACUCUUUCUUCUCUUGUUCUUGUCGUACCUUGGCUGGAAAUGGAGAAGUCAGUUAGGUGCAAUCGUAACCCAUUUAACGAGGAGUGUCCGUGAAUAUUGGAAGCGUUGUGGGUCUUUCUUCGCAAUGUGGAAGGAAUACUAUGUCCUGCUUCGGCUAACUAAGGCCAUCGCAGAUGCGGAGCAAGAGAUUGUUGCAGGAGUUAGGGAUGGCAGCUGAGGCAAAAGCCGAUCUCGAUAGCCAAGAAAACGGCAACAACAAUGAUUUCCAGCUAUUCAGUUUCGAGCACAUAGUUUCUGCUACAGGCAACUUCCACGCCGAUAAUAAGCUCGGACAGGGUGGCUUUGGACCUGUUUAUAAGGGGAAGCUACCAAGUGGGCUAGAAGUGGCGAUAAAGAGACUGUCAACGAGCUCGAGGCAGGGGCUAGUUGAGUUCAAGAACGAAGUAAGGUUCAUUGCUAAACUGCAGCACGACAAUCUGGUCAGGCUAGUUGGUUGCUGCAUCGAGAAUCGAGAGAAGAUCCUCGUCUAUGAAUAUCUGCCCAACAAAAGCCUUGAUUUCUCGCUCUUUGCUCCUACUGACGACAAUGUUCUGGAUUGGAAGAAAAGGUUCAACAUUAUCCAAGGGAUAGCCCAAGGACUUCUAUACCUCCACAAAUAUUCGAGGCUGAAGAUCGUCCACAGAGAUCUGAAGGCCAGCAAUAUCUUGCUCGACAGUGAGAUGAACCCCAAGAUAUCGGAUUUCGGGUUGGCCAGGAUAUUCCAUCCCAAUGAGACUAGAGCAAUUACUGCACGUGUUGCUGGAACUUUAUUAAAAAAAAAAGUAUAGGAUGUUUGAAUACUCUAAAUUCCAAUGCAAUGGGUACAUGUCUCCCGAGUAUGCUAUGGAGGGAGUUUUCUCGACAAAGUCGGACGUGUUCAGCUUUGGAGUUCUGUUGCUUGAAAUUGUGAGCGGCAAUAGGAACAAUCACUUCCGUGGUGAUCGUGAAGGCCCUUGCAGUCUCUUGACAUGGGUGAGUUUUCCUAACCUUCAUCACUCAAUCAUUGAAAAAACAAAAAAAUUGUAGCAAUAUUGGAAAGUUUGUGACGAACAAAGUUUGUUGUGAUAGGAAAAUUUUUGGUGAUGGAUUUAGUUUAUUUCUAUACUCUAAAUUUUCGCGGACAUGGAGAGGUGAUGAAUUUGCGACAAUUUCUCAGCUUUAUGCGACGCGCUACGUCGUCGCAGAAGAUUCGAGGAUAUUUGCGGCACAAACUUUUUCGUCGUAGAACAAUUGCUAGAUAUUGCUGCCAAGUUAUUUGGUCUCUAGAUAUAUGGGAAUAUUUACCACUAUUUCUUCUUGUCGCGGAAAGUUUAGAUUACUUGCCGACGAUGUAUUUCGUUACAAGAACUGUAAAGGGGUACCCCACUUUCGUCGCAAAACCAAUGCUCGAUAAUUUAAAACUACUUUUCUUCUUGAUGUAGGCUUGGGAGCUAUGGAGAGAAGGAAGAGGAACAGAGUUAGUGGAUUCAGUCAUAGGGAUAGACGACAACAACAACAAUAGCAUCUGCCAGAACGAAGCAGUGAAGUGCAUUCAGAUAGGUCUGUUAUCCGUGCAGGAGAAUCCAAGGGAUAGACCUUCAAUGGUGAAAGUCGCCUCCAUGAUCUACAACAAUGAUUCAGUCCAAUUGCCGUCUCCAAAUCGUCCAGCAUUUUAUUACAGGAUGAGCAGCUUGCAGGAGGUCGCGGAGAUUAUUGAAGAGCAGGAGGAGAUUUGGACACCGAACCAGGUUACCAUCACGGAAAUGAAUGGCAGGUAAUCAUCCGAUCGACUUCGUGGGGAUAUUGAAACUAGAAAAUUGACCCGCGCUCUGCGACGGGUUAUCGAAAAUAAAUUGAUCAGUUAAAAAAGUAUAUUCGUGUACUAACCGUAAUCAACUUCUUAAUCUCUUUAGACAUUGUUGGAUAUGAUCUUGAGUUAAAUAACUAAACACUUAUAUUUAUACAACAUGAACAUAGAUUGAAUAGUUGAAUAUAUAAUAAUAGAGUUGGUAUUUU